UUUGAUCGAGACUCCGCCCCAGGUCUCGUCAUGUAUCAAUCCCCAAAUCCGCUAUCGCACGGAAAGAUUGCGAUUCCUCGUCUCAUAGCGCCCAAAUCAGCCAGCAGCGGGGGUACUGGAAGCAAAAUAUCCAAGGCCGAUCGAUCUCGCACCGAACUAGCUUGUGUAAACUGUCGUAGGAGGAAGGUCAAGUGCAGCGGUGACUUACCCAAGUGCGAGUAUUGCACGAAAUUAGACAUCGUCUGCAAAUAUCCGCCACCACGUCGAGACAAGCUGCAUGUGGCCACGAGUCAGCUAGAAGGGGCUCUUAGUCUUCUAGAAGACUUGAAGCCUCGUCAAAGCUCUAAAGAUCAAGAGAGAAUUCAAGCUAUUCUCAAUGUUGCCGAAGCUGAGGAAGAGCUCCAAAUCAUUUCGCCGCCCAACAAAAGGACGAAGCUAUCAUCCCCGACGACUGACACAAACGCUCUCGAAAGACUAGUGAAUGAUGACAAGCGCGGAGAAUCCAUGAUCACGGCUGAUGCAGGCUCAAACGAGUCUUUGGACGUACUAGAGGAAGAUUUGAUACGCGAUGCAAAAUCAAGGGCCACUGGUUUCAUCGGCAAGUCAUCGGUAAUCCAGUGGAUCCGGCGCCUCAAAUUACAAAUUGACCUAAAAGAUAAAGGACUCAGCACUCAAGUUCCCCGCACGUUCGGCCCUCCAGGCGACGACGAUGUAUCUUCUGCCGCGAGAGUCACAGCUGGACGCUUGCGUCGCAGCGCGUAUUCUGGCGACGCUCAAGAAUCAAUCAGCCAGUCAACCUACUUCAUGGACGAUGUGUCCGUUGACAUAGCUAUUGAGGACCCUUUCUAUCUACCUGCACCACAUUUGGCCAAGCAUCUCUACUCCUGUUAUAUGGAAACUGUUCAUCAAUCUUUCCCAAUCCUGUCGAAAAAUGAAAUCGACUUGGACUUCAACUCUAUCUUUAGCGAGUCAGCCCAACAGAACCGAAAUUCAUUCAAGAUGCUGGCCACACUCAAUCUGGUAUUUGCAAUUGGCGCCAAGUUCUCCUAUCUAGCCAAUGGCGAUCAAUAUGUCGGCGAGCAUGACCAUUUGAGAUAUAGUACCAAGGCUCGCAAGCUUGGUAUUACUGAAAGCACAUUCAUCGCUCAUCCAGACCUGGAACGCGUUCGAAUCUUGGGUCUACUUAGCUUUUACCUCUUCUCAAUCGGACAGGUAUCUCGAUCGUCCAACACUAUGGGUCUUACUGUUCGCCUUGCUUACACUCUCGGAUUACACGUCAGAAAUGAAGACCCUGUGACGGAUGUUAGAAUAAAAGAAGCCAGAGUCCGGGUUUGGUGGUCCCUAUAUACCUUAGAACGCCUCAUAUGCACCAUAUCCGGUCGUCCGAGCGUGAUCGCAGAUGAAGACUGCUCUAUCUUCCUUCCAGUGCCGCUUGAUGAGAGCAGGAUGGACGACGACGAUGGAAUGGAACUACUGCAAGAAUGGUUCGAUCAGCACAGCAUAGGGGGCCCACACUCAACACUGACCGCAAUGGCACAUCCGAAGAGCAUCUUUUUCCGUGCAACAACGCAGGUGUCUGUUAUCACCCACAAGGCCGUAAGGCACCUCUACUCGGCGAACACCGUGACCAAGUCCUGGGAGGACAUGCAAAACACCAUGAAGCAUCUAAAAGAUGAGCUGGACUACUGGGCUAAGAACCUACCGCAACCUUUUACCGCUGAUCCUUUCAGGGUUGGAGCCGAAUUCCAGCGCGAGACUCGAAUACUGACAUUGAUGUACUGGAGUGCAUUCAUAAUCAUCACUCGACCCUGUGUCUGUCGGCUCGACAUCCGCAUUGAGAAUCAAACCGAGCAGUCGGACAAGUUCAACCAGUACGCUGCAUCUCUGUGCAUAUUAGCGGCCAAGCAGAUUGCAAACCUUUUUCCUAAACACGUCGAUCCCACAUUCCCGUAUAAAAAUGGCCCUUGGUGGUUUGUGGUUCACAACAUGAUGCAAGCAGUCACCAUUUUUCUCUUGGAGCUGUACCACCGCACUCACCACGCCCCUGGCGCAGGGGAAAAGAAAGACAUCCUGCAGCACCUCCAAAAGCUCAUCCGAUGGCUCAAGGCCAUGGGCCCCAACGACCCGCUCGCCUACCGCGGAUAUAGGCUCGUCGUUGUUGUUGUUCAGAACCUAGCACCACAGCUGGAUAUGACAGUUGCUGAUAUGCUGGAUGUGGGACAAGAGGAGGAGGCGGCCAAUGCCGCCGAGAACAUCUUCCAAGACAUGAUCACCAAUGCCGGCGGUAUCGAGAACCUGUUUCCAGACCCGCUUUCCGAAAUGCAGAGUCACUCUGGCUACGUGCAGCCUGGGUUUGAAUUUCUGCAGUUCGACACGCCAUUUGACGCGCCGGGGUUUGAACCGCGGCCUUUUGGUGCCACGAGUCCCGUAUUUGAUGUCCAGGCUCAAUUCAUGGACCCUCGAAACAUGCGGCAGGAUUUUGGCCACAUGUUUAGCGGACAGAACCAAACGCCCGGAACCGUUGCGGUCAGCGAAGGAACCCAAGUGCCAUCAGACUACUUUCGGGAAUAUCCGGGAUUUCUUUUCCAGGGGAACCAAGGUAAUCAGGGUAAUCAAGGGCGCUGAUAUCAAUCCUGGAGCGUCUUAAACUUCUACCUUUCCCAGCCGCGUUAUCAGGCUCGUCUAAGUCCUACUACUACCAAUACACUUAUUAACGUUUUGAUUCAUACCCUCUGGUUUACAACAUUGCAGUCCGCCGACCCUCCAAGUCGCCGCCUCCUUAUAUAUAUGACCUCUUAACGUCCACAGUCGCGACAUUCACGAAUUCAGUUCUUUGCCUAUUCCACACACCUCGAUCAAGCUUUUGAUACCCUCUUCAUUACCUCCCUACUUCACCAGGCGUGUCUCAGAUAGCUUUGUAUAUUCGUAACCGCAAUAUCAAACUCCCCU